AGGUUGGAAAUGGUUUUCAGUCAUGACUUCUGAAGGGGUGCAGGUAAAUAAUCGUGUUGCCCUGUCAUGCGUCGCAUGUGAUAUCCCAGCUACUAGGAAGGUUUGUGGUUUUAUUGGCCACAAUGCAUCAUUGGCUUGUAACAAAGGUUUCAAAAAGUUUCCAGUCCAGUUUGGAAGCUCAACCGAUUACUCUGGGUAUGACCGUUCAACUUGGACAUUGCGGUCAUGCAGUAUGCAUCGCAGACAUUGUGGGGAGAUAUCAAAGAGACUACAAAAACUGACGCUUUCAGGAACUUUGUGGAAAAGAUCAUUGCACAAUGAACCUUCAUCUUCAUUUUCACCUUAAAAGAAAACAUGCUUGAUUUUGGACCUUCACA